GAGCGAGAUCUUACCGGCUGCUGGAGCUUCCUCCCGGUACUCACAGACCACAGUCACUGAUCGAGCGGCAGAAACACCAUACAACAUGUCUAGAAGAUAUGAUUCCAGGACUACUAUAUUCUCCCCUGAAGGUCGUCUGUAUCAGGUGGAAUAUGCCAUGGAAGCAAUUGGACAUGCAGGCACCUGCUUGGGAAUUUUAGCAAAUGAUGGCGUUUUGCUAGCCGCCGAGAGACGUAAUAUACACAAGCUGCUGGACGAGGUGUUUUUCUCAGAGAAAAUCUAUAAAUUGAAUGAUGAUAUGGCAUGCAGUGUGGCAGGAAUUACAUCAGACGCCAAUGUGUUGACAAAUGAACUGAGGCUCAUUGCACAGAGGUAUUUGCUGCAGUAUCAGGAGCCAAUCCCAUGUGAACAACUGGUCACUGCUCUCUGUGACAUAAAGCAAGCAUACACUCAGUUUGGAGGGAAACGUCCGUUUGGUGUGUCCCUUCUUUACAUAGGCUGGGACAAGCACUACGGGUUCCAGCUGUAUCAAAGUGACCCCAGUGGAAACUACGGAGGGUGGAAAGCCACAUGCAUUGGAAAUAAUAGUGCAGCAGCAGUUUCCAUGCUGAAGCAGGACUACAAGGAAGGCGAGAUGAGCCUCAAAUCAGCUCUUGCACUAGCUGUUAAAGUCCUCAACAAAACCAUGGAUGUCAGCAAGCUGUCAGCUGAAAAGGUGGAAAUUGCCACAUUAACAAGAGAGAAUGGAAAGACCAAGAUAAGAGUCUUAAAACAGAAAGAAGUUGAGGAAUUGAUAAAAAAACAUGAAGAAGAAGAAGCGAAAGUAGAAAAAGAGAAAAAAGACAAAGAACAGAAGGAAAAAGACAAAUGAGUUUUGUUAAAAAAAAAAAAAAGUGUCUCUCGGAUUGUGUAUUUUUUUUCCCUGCACAUUUAUAUUUCAAAUUUUCAGGUCUGGACUACAGUGACCAGUCAAACAUGCUUUUGUUUGA